AUGUCGUCCGAUCUGGAUAUAAUUUUGGACAACCAUCAGUACGCAAUUCUUUGCAGCAUUGCUCUGUUCACUAUCUUCAUUGCAAGAUAUUCUUUCCUCGACCGUAAUGGAAAGUACCCGUUCUUGAACCCAAAGAAAACCUUUGAGCUUACGACCAAUCGUGUUGUCAACGAGUUCAUUGGCGACAGCAAGAAUGUCCUCGCUAAAGGCAGAGCUUUGUACAAAGAUCAACCUUACAGGGCCAACACAGAUUGGGGAGAAGUCGUCAUCAUACCUCCCCAGUUUCUCAGCGAACUGAAAAGUCACAAAGAUUUGAACUUCCAAAGUGCCGCCGAGGAUGACUCUCAUGGAUAUAUCCCCGGGUUUGAACCCUUCCAUGGCGAUCCCAACGUUUCCAAGGUUGUGAGCAAAUACUUGACGAAAGCCUUGACCAAGGUCACUAGACCUUUAUCGGAGGAAGCAUCAUUGGCAUUCCGUGAUGUUCUUACCAAUUCAACAGAGUGGCAUGAGAUACAACCGUCUCAAGACUUUAUGCGUAUUGUGUCGCGCAUGUCUUCUCGAGUCUUCAUGGGUGAAGGCUUGUGUCGCAACGAAGAAUGGGUAAAGCUUUCAGCUGACUACACUGUUCAAGCUUUCAUGACAGGUGAUGUUCUACGAUCGUAUCCUCGAUGGGCUCGACCAUAUGUUCAUCAUUUUCUACCGUCUUGUCAAAAGCUGAGGGCCACACUUGAAGCGGCACGACAAUGCUUAAAGCCAUUUCUGGAACAACGCAACGCUAUCAAGGCUGAAGCAAUGGGAAAGGGGAAGCCGUGUCCAUUUGAUGAUUCUAUCGAAUGGUUCCAACAAGAAUACGAGCAGCAUGAUCCCGCAAUUUCUCAGAUAUUAUUAUCACUCGUGGCCAUACAUACCACUACCGAUCUGCUUACAGAAACAGCAUUCAACAUUGCUCUGAAUCCCGAGUUGUUCGAGCCGCUUCGUCACGAGAUAAUCAGCGUUAUGACCACCGAUGGACUGAAGAAGACUGCCCUUUACAACUUGAAAUUGAUGGAUAGCGUUCUAAAAGAGAGAAUGGCCACGGCAGACAUCACCCUCCCUAAUGGAGAUAUCAUCAAGAAGGGAACCAAGGUCGUCUGCGACACUACACACAUGUGGAAUCCCGAAUUUCACGAGAAUGGAGAUAAGUUCGAUGGGUAUCGGUAUCUUCGCAUGAGAGAAGCGUCUGAGCAAGACAAGAAUGCGCAUCCGCAUCUAGUCAGCCCCAGCGUUGAUCACUUGGGAUUCGGUUACGGCAAUCACGCUUGCCCUGGGCGUUUCUUUGCCGCCAACGAGCUCAAAAUUGCUCUUUGCCACAUGCUUCUGAAGUAUGAUUGGAAGCUUGCUGAUGGUGUUGUUCCCAAGGGAUCUGCCUUUGGCAUGAUGCAAACAGCUGAUACGCAAGCCAAGUUGUUUAUUCGGCGACGCAAAGAGGAAUUGGAUAUUGAUGCAGUUGAGCAUUAG